AAGAAAAGGACGAAUUAAAUAAAGCCAAACGGCACAGCAAAACAAAAAGAAUAAGAGCAGCAAUGACUUCUUGCUUUAGCAAAAUCCACUUAGCAUUUGGGCCGAAGCACACACUUGCUAAUUUAUCCUCAUCUGUACUCCCUCCAUUCUUUCUGAAGAUGGCUCGAUCUGCACUUGAUGAAAUGUCUGACUCGGGGGCUUUUCUGAGAACUGCUUCAACAUUCCGCAACUUCAUUUCACGAGAUCCGAAUUCUCAAUAUCCAGCAGAAUCUGGAAGGUAUCAUCUGUAUAUGUCAUAUGCUUGUCCCUGGGCUUCCAGGUGUCUUGUAUACUUGAAGAUUAAAGGACUUGAAAAAGCCAUCAGUUUCACGUCUGUGAAGCCCAUAUGGGAAAGAACCAAGGACAGUGAUGAACAUACGGGAUGGGUUUUUCCUCUUUCAGAGACAGAGGAACCAGGAGCUGAGCCUGACCCUUUGAAUGGGGCAAAAAGUAUAAGGGAAAUUUAUGAGCUUGCAAGUACUAACUAUACUGGAAAAUACACGGUUCCUGUCCUGUGGGAUAAGAAGCUCAAGACAAUUGUUAAUAAUGAGAGUUCUGAGAUUAUACGAAUGUUUAAUACUGAAUUUAAUGAUAUAGCUGAGAAUGCUGCUUUGGACCUGUAUCCUUCCCACAUGCAAACCCAAAUUGAUGAAACCAAUGAAUGGAUAUACAGUGAUAUAAAUAAUGGAGUUUAUAAAUGUGGAUUUGCAAGGAAGCAAGGCCCUUAUGAGGAGGCUGCUAAGCUAUUGUAUGAAGCUCUUGAUAAAUGUGAGAGGAUACUUGGAAAGCAACGUUAUAUAUGUGGAAACACUCUGUCUGAAGCAGAUAUUCGCCUGUUUGUUUCCCUCAUAAGAUUUGAUGAGGUUUACACAGUUCACUUCAAGUGCAACAAAAAGCUGCUAAGGGAGUACCCAAACCUAUUCAACUAUACCAAAGACAUUUACCAAAUUCCUGGUGUGAGUAGCACUGUGAACAUGGAACAUAUUAAGCGUCAUUAUUAUGGAAGCCAUCCAUCUAUAAAUCCAUUUGGAAUCAUUCCUAUUGGCUCCAAUAUCAACUUUUCUUCACCUCAUGACAGAGACAGAUUUUACUAGGCGAGUAAAAUAUCAUCUGUAUAUGCAUGCUGUAAGAUAAAGAUGAAUGCUGGUUUCUGGAAGAUACGUUGGAUCGCGUACUGAUAUUAAGUAAUCACAAAUAUUGUGCUCUUAGCAGUGCAUGUCUCAGAUUUGCUGUCCUUGCAUAAAAUUUGAGAAUAAGGAAAUAUUUGUGUUUUUAUUUUUAUUCCAUUACUUUGUUUUUGUGGAUUAAAUGUAAGGAUAAUAGGCCGUAGCAUAUUGUCUUUUGAUGUAUAAUGAUAUCCCCAUAGCAUAAAUCAUGAUGGGGUUAUGAUACGAUGUCGUGUAAAAGAGGCAUUAUUGGAAGGGCUUUUGUCAAUGAAAACUAAAAAAUUGUCAA